AAAUAAUAACAUCUCGGCUAGCAUGUGGCAAGCAUACCUGUCAGAGAGGUAGCGUGUUUCCUCACCCAGUUAAAAUAGUCCAAACUUGUUUGUCCGCUCAAACAGACACUCAGGUAGAGGUACAGGUACGGGCAGCAGUAUGUCGGUCGACAGCGUGUUUAGGACCCGGUCUCUCGGUGUGGCAGCCGAAGGUCUUCCUGAUCAAUACGCCGAUGGCAAAGCAGCGAAAGUGUGGCAGCUGUACAUCGGAGACACGAAGAGCAGGACGCAGGAGUACAGGAGCUGGGUGGUGUCCCUGCUGAAGCAGCACGGGGUGCGGAGUGUGCUGGAUGUAGCCUGCGGAACAGGGAUUGACUCCAUUAUGUUGGUGGAGGAGGGGUUUAAUUUGGUGAGUGUGGAUGCCAGCGACAAAAUGCUCAAGUAUGCACUGAAGGCGAGAUGGGACAGGAGAAAAGAACCAGCUUUUGACCAGUGGGUGAUUGAAGAGGCCAACUGGCUGACUUUAUCAGAAGACAUUCAGAAACCAGGAGAUGGCUUUGAUGCAGUUAUCUGCCUCGGCAACUCAUUUGCCCACUUACCAGACUUUAAAGGGGACCAGAGUGACCAAAAGUUGGCCCUUCACAACAUCGCCAGUAUGGUCAGACCAGGUGGGAUCCUCAUCAUUGACCACCGCAACUAUGACUACAUCCUGGAGACCGGGCGUGCUCCACAAGGCAAGAACAUCUACUACAAGAGUGACCUAACUCAGGACAUCACCACCUCAGUGUUGUGGGUCAACAGUAAGCCACAUAUGAUCACUCUCGAUUACACCAUCCAAGUGCCACAGGCCACCCUCCAGAACCUGCCUGAAGUUAGUAAAUUCCGUUUGUCCUACUACCCUCACCGCCUGGACAGCUUCAGAGGUCUGCUGAACGAGGCCUUCAACGGCAAACUGGAGCACAGCGUUUACGGCGAUUUCAAGACUUACGUGCCGGGCCAGUCUCAGGCUCCAUGCUACUUCAUCCACGUCUGUAAGAAAAAGGCCUAAGAGGAACACCAGGAGCCACCUUGAUACUGAUGUGCACACAGUGCUUGCAGGAAGGAGGGAAAAACAUCCCUGCUUAAAAAGUCCCAGUUUAUUAGUCCUCCAGAUUAAAACUAGAAUCCUGCUGUAAAGUAUUUUAGCUUUCUUUCAAAAAUAUCGCAACACACUUUGUGACAUGGUUACUGAAAUCAGUGUUGACUAUGAAAAAAAAAAAAUGUUGCUUUAAAGCAGUUUUUGUUUUUUCCCCCUGUAGCUUUAAAUUAAGAGUACAUAAAGAAACUUAUCUUUUAGGCAUUUGAGCUGCCAGGACUCAUUGGCUCUGCUAGUCGAUAAUGUUCAUUCAUUUGACUUAAAACACAGUUUGUUGUUUAAAAAAAAGCUACUUUUUUUUUUUUAAAGAUGUAUUGAAAAUGUGUCGGACCAUUGCUUUGCCCAUGUCUGGUAGUUUUCCUCCAGUGUGCAUUCAUGCUUUCAUCUUUUUGGGCUGCUCUCUACAUCCCGCCUCUUUGAACACGUUUCAAAAUGGUGCUGUACAUUUGUGGUAAUCUUCAUGCUCGUUGUUGCCAAUAACGUACAAAGAUGUAUUCUUAGAUGACUAUAUUUUGUAAGUUUACCACUUUCGUCUUAAAAAAACACAGAUAACACAUCUGUUGCUUUGAUUACAGUGGCCUGAUGUUUUUAAAUGUAUUUUCAACCUGGAAAGAAAAUGUAGCCAUUUUUGGCCUGUUGCCUUUCUUCAGGUUGAAGCCAGCCUUUGACAGGCACAGACUGAAGAUCUGAAUUCGGGUAAACCCAAGAGAACGAUGAGUAAUAACUGUGAAUCACCUCAACUUAUACAGGAAGACCUCACCUGCCCGUUAGAUCAGAUUUGAUCUUCUUUGAAGGGUCGUUACAGUAAAGCCUCUCAUACCUGAAAAGACUUUGCUGUAGUAAUUUAAGUUUUGUGCUUUUAGACAGAAUGCCUUUAAAUUGUGUGGAAACUGCCGUUAAUGAACAUGAAUCAGGCCAGUACUGAGCAUCAGCGAACAUGAAACGACAAUAAAACCUGAAGCCCCGACUAAUUGAACCACGUCAUCAAACAGAAAGAUGACAUUAAAGUAAUAAGAUUAUUACUGAAUGCCUAACCUGCUUAUCAACCAAAGAUAUUUAAGAAUAUGUAACUGUUCUCUCAUGUAAAGUAAGAAAACCCUGCACAGUAGAUAACGGUGGAAAACAUUAUGGAAGAAUAAUUUACACUGCUGUAUUAUCCAGGUGUAAAUAUUUUUUUUCUGUAUUUUUGCAAACUCACUAGUGCCAUUUUCACUUGAAUGCAAAAGGAGUUCGACCACAGUGAACUGAAAUAUUCUCACAUCUCUGCCUCAGUGCUUCGUGAUAUUGUGCUAGUACUUCCUGUAGGACAAAAUGUACGGUAUGCAAAGUUCAUGAUUAGUUUGAAAGCAACAUUAGAUGUUAAGAAGGUGUUAAACAUUUUAUAAAAAUUCAUGUCCUGCAUGAUUAUUGAAAUCUUUUGCCAUAAAAUAAAAAUGUUUCAAAUAAG